AUGAAAAUUCAAUAUUAUUUAGUUAUUAGUCUUGCUUUGCUUUCCGCAGCAUCAUUCUAUUUAAUUAAUAGAGAAUACCCUGCAAAUUUAUCUGAUGAGGGUACUUGUGCCUAAAUUUAUCCAGGAGGAGGUCAAUAUUUCUCUUAUGAAGCUAUUAAAAAUAUUUGCAAAGGUUAGUCUUUGACUUUUGUUGUUGAAUUUGAAGAUGACAAGGGACAUCGUUCUAGAGAAAUUCCUUGUCUCAAUUACAAAGAAACAUUUGGUUUUGCAGAUAUUGAAGAAUUUAAACUAAUUUCUGUAACUUAAGCUCCUUGCUGA